GAGCCUGUGGUAGCAACAUGGACCUCGCAAUGUUCUCGCAGAUCGCCGAGAUCACCAACUGCCUGUACCUGAGCAGCGCCGCGGCCGUCAAGGGGGAGAGGAUCCGCUCUCUGGGCAUCACACACAUCAUCAACCUGACGCUGGAGAUUCCCAACCUGCAGAUGCCCAACCUGGAGAGCAUCCAGAUACACAUCGACGACUCGCCCAACGCCAGGCUCGGUCUCUAUUUCGACAGAUGCGCCGAUAAAAUUCACCAGGUCGACAGAAAGGGUGGGAAGACUCUAGUCCACUGCGUGGCGGGCGUGAGCCGGUCAGCCUCUAUAUGCCUGGCCUACCUGAUGAAGUACCAGCGCCUGACCCUGGAGCAGGCCUACCGCCACGUCAAGCGGCGCCGCUCCGUCAUCCACCCUAACGUAGGCUUCUGGAGGCAGCUGGUCGACUACGAGAGGCGGCUCUUCGGCCGGAACACCGUCAAGAUGGUCCAGUCGUCCAUUGGCUGGGUGCCGGACAUCUACUACCAGGAGACGAAGCACAUGGUUUGGAUGCCCCGGAACUCGUCUCGUUUCGGUUACUGACAGAGGCUGUUGAUUUACUGGUUAUCUAGUUGUUUGUUUCUCUUCAUUAAUUUAUUUUGUAUGUUGACGACUGUAAAGCAAUAAAUUUAAAAUAUUGUUGUCGUGUGUUGCGCUGAGAAUGUUUUGGCAUCCAAAAGUUGCCCGUUGAUAUAUUAUGUAUUGUAUAUCACAUUCUGAGGGUAAAAGAGUGCCCCCGAUUGCUUACAUGUUUCUGCUCUUCCGGUUUUCUGAACUUUUUGAAAAUAACCUUUUCAGGACAUAUCCCCAAUUUAUUGGUCCCAGAGAACUACUAUUUCCGCAUAUAUUACAUCAUGGAAGUUUUAUCCUGAAAAUGUUAAUUAACUGUGAGAAGUUGGAUUUUUGCCCAGAUGUCCAAUAAAUGUUAGCUGUAGCCUAGUGUCCACAUUAUGACAUAAAAAAACAACAAAUGUUCACUUCAGUGUGUACUAAUACUGCUCGGGCAUAAUUUGACCCGAAAAGUGAUAUGGUCUUCUGAGUUUAAAAACAAGCCUUUUCAAAGAAUGGCUCAUUACAUGUAUUUUGGUGAGGCCUCGAAAAUUUUUUUUUUCGAAAAAGCUGUCAUAAAAAAGGCUAUAGUUCUUAUAGAACAUCACUCCAACUGCCAAGAUCAAGAAAAACAAGUAACACAAAGUGCUGUGUUAGAACCAGCCAGAAGUUGGGGUCAGUACAUGUAAUGUCACUGAUGUUGGAGAAAAAUCCACAAUGAUACCACAACUUUGCACUGACUAAAUACACGUGUAGUGAGGGAUAUUCGACAGUUUACAGAUCUAUUGUAUUCAUUGUUGGAAAGGAAGCUGUCUUCUAUUGCUAAGAAAUACAGCUUGCAGGAGAAGUAGAAACUUUAUUUUAACACUGACACUUUUGACUAAGUGGUUGUAGUGCUGUCUUUGACCUUACAAUGUCUCUGCAAUUUUUAUAGAAAGUUACACAGGCAAAACUGAAUGUCUUGUUGUUACGAAAUAGAAAUAGCAUCAGCAUCUGUGAUGUAAUGGUUGGACUGUGUGCUGUAUGCGGAAAAAAGACACAAGUUUAAUUUCCUCUCAGGAACAAGUACUUCUGUCUUUCUGCUGACAGGCAACGUCUUACUCAGCCUGCAUUGGUUCAAACAGACAAGGAUAAAGCAGCCCACCUCCUGAAUAAUCUAAAUUUAGAUGAUGAUGUUUUUAAAAAAUGUUAGUUUAGUAAGAGUUUUACGGUGCUCACAAAUGCACAAGCCGUAAAAUAUGUACAAUCAAGGAGCUUCCCUUUUGUCAGUCUAAUUAGAUGGGAGAUAUGUUGCUCUAAUUUUGGACGUAUUGUCCUUCAUGGUCCCUUAUGUAUUGUGUCAGUGUUGCGGCAGAUAUGUCUCUAGAUCUCUCAUAAAUGGUAAGAGGAUGUUCCCUCCCACACUCCCUAUAGAACUGAUAUGAACAUAUGCCAUUUGUCAAAAUGUGUGAAGAACGCAGUAUUGGCAGAAGCAUUUUUAAAAUCAUUAACAAAUAAACCACUAGUGACACAAUAAGCUGUCUAUUGCCAUUCAUUGUACUUCUUGGACUAUGUGCAAAAUGGGGAAUGUAUAGAGUUGACAAAUCGACAGGGUAAGAGAUCAUGGGGAGGGCCAGUGGAACUGGAUGAAGAGUCAAAGAGAAUGACAAUGUAGAGAAAAAUGUGAAGACAUGGAAUAACAUAAAAAAGUUAACCCAGGAUAGGGAAAUGUGGAAAAUGUUUUUUCGUGGCCUAUACCCUGACCCAGGGUGAGAAAGGCAUUGAUGAUGAUGAUGAUGAUGAUGAUGAUGAUGAUGAUGAUGAUGAUGAUGAUGGUCGAGUUGACAGGAAAACAAGGUUUCAAAAGAUUUUGAAGGUUGUGAGGGGUUAUGAUUAUCAUACGUUUGCCAUAGCUUGUUAACCAAUUCCGUUUCGAAUUAAGGAAUAUGCGGUUUCCUUUUUUAGAUGCAGCUGUUUUACUAUUCAGGGUAAAUGCUUGGAGUUGGAGACAGGGGAAAUGAAUAGAAAUGUAGUGUGAUUUAAAAAGCUCAUUUUAGUCCUGUAGGCAAUUAUCUGUGGCUGACAAAAAGUGUGCAUGUUUGUUGUCUUUUUGUCUUUUACUCAGCAUGCACAUAAAAUCUAUUUCAUCUCUUUAUAAAUUUUAAAAAAGGAUUCAAUCUUCAGUUCACAAAACCAAUUCAUACAAAGUGCAACAUAUGAUAACAUCAAGUCCGUAGCUCUAUAAAGUGAAAGAGUGAG